AUGGUGGCAAAAAGGGGAAGGGGUGGAGUCGCAGGGGGAGGUGGAGGGGGCGCGAGGAAGGGGAAGGGGAGGGGGAAGGGCGGGAUAGGGAAGGCAGGGGGGUGCGGAGGUGGGGGGGGCAAGGGGAAGGGGAGGGGGCCAAGGGGAUGGGGGAUGGGGCAGGGGGCGGGGGCGAAGGGCGGGGGGGGACAACAAGGGGCUGAGGCAGUGCGAGAUGGGGGAAAGAUAAAAAGGGAGGGGGCUCGAAAAAGGAAGAGGAGGGACAGGGGGCGAGGGCGUGAGCGGAUUCCGAGGAGGCAGGGGGGAGGUGACCAAGAACCUGCUGUAGAAAGUUUCUACAGUGGGUUCUUGGUCACCCGCUGUAGAAAGUCGAGUUUCUAUAACGGGUGA